AAGCCGAAGUUUCGAACCUAAAGCUCCGACGAACUUCCGGCGAACUCUUCGGCGAGCUUUUUCGGCCAUCCUCGGCCUCCUCCACAGAUUCCAAGACCAUGACAAGUUCCGGUGAGCCCUCCAUGGAUGGCCGGCGUCCUUCGCUCCUUCAUCUCCGGCUGCUGUUGCCUUUCCUCGGACCAGCACCGCCGCCCGUGGACCAUGGCCCCACUCCACCGUGCCGCCUCUCCGGUUCCCUGGCCGUGCGCCCCUGCGCAGGGCAGGUGCCGCAAUGGCUGCUGCCUGAGUGCAGGCCGAGCAGGGCCAUUGUCCUUGGUCGCCAAGGGCCCAGCACCCCUCCACAUGACCGCGUGCCGCUGCCGGAUGGCCAGGUUGGACCCUCCCUGAGCCCCUCCUCUUUCCCCUGUGCGAGUUGCUGCAGAGCAGAGGCCAUGGAGGCCACGUCCAGAUGCACAUGGAGCAAGGAAGAAGAUGCACGUAUUUACAGAAGUGCCACCGACAAGAACUGUCCGUGGACGUGGAAGAUUAGAAGAUGAUGACCAAAAGCUGAUGGUGUGAGAAUUGAGCAAGUCUUUAAGGCAAGUAUAACUUGGGAUCAUCCUUGUUACCUAUUCACUUAUAACUACACAUAUAUAUCAUAUGCAUGCUAUCACCUUGUCGACCUUAGCAAAAUCAUAGAUGAUUGUUACCUGGAUUC